CCUAAUUUAAAUAAUUAUGGCAACACAUGAGUCUAUUUUGGCAACACUCAUGUGACAUCGAGUCACGUGCAUAAAUAUCACAUGACACAUCGCGGAGAUUGCCCAAUUAAAAAAGUCGCAGAAAUUGCAAAUCUCAGUCAACAACACCAUUGACCACAGUAAAGAAUGGUUGCUAGUAAAGUCGACAGUAAUCCUGAUCUCAAGACUAAGAUUCUCGCCGAGACCAUAGUCCCUGAAUCAGGAACAUAUCCUGUUUUACUCACCAAAGUUGAGAUCAAUGGUGGAGAAACCUUCUCUCCCGUGUUCUUCCGGAAAUUGCUCUCACCCUUGAUUGAUGAUGGUGAUUAUACCUUGGCGCAAUUGACGAGCAAUAUCCUGAAAUCACACCGCAAGUUGUUGCAAACUGGUGUAUUUCUGGAUUUGUCAGUCACUGUUCAGCCCGAUUUCUAUAGUGGACUCCCAGAUGUUGUUGACUAUAACAAGGAAAAGAGUUUACCCACCAAGGUCAUAUUUGAUUUACUGACCAUUGACUUGAAUUUGAGUGAAGGAUGGUUCAAUUUCAAUAACGAAGAAUAUAUGAAUCUUCGAUUAAACUAUUUAAACAACAAUUUCAACGGAAAUGCCGAGAUGGUCAAGUUCGAUGUUGACUAUAAUCCGUACAAGCCAUACGAUCAUUUGAUCUCCAAUGCCAAAUUCUUGGCUAAUUUGAACAACCCAGCUUAUAAAUUCCUUGUUGAUUUAACUCACUUGCAUCAAAACAAUCAAAGCUGGCAAGGAGCCAAAGAAAGCGGAGCUGGUGGAAUUAUGGGGUUGGUCCAUAGCGGAGACAAUGCCUGGGAUGUGUUUACCGGGGUCGCAUUAAUGAAAAGAACAAUCACUGCCGCUGAAGAACUUGAAGAUUUUGAAACUCCUCAAGCCACCGUUCCUCAAGGUGAAUACUUGAAAACAGCAUUAAUCAGUAACUUGUCCUAUAACAAAUUAGCCUAUGUCAAUGAACUCACCAAGAACUUCCCUAGUGGUGGGUACACCUGGAGUUUAUCCAAUGAAAUUGCAUCAUACCAAGGAAACUCAUCGGCAUUCCUCAAAUCAGCAUUCUCAUACAGUUUCUUCAAGUCAUUCUUUAAAAAUUUUGUCACGACACAAUUGUCGGCUGAUGUGGGUGGAAUUUUCUCUCACGACGGAACAUCCAUCCAUCAUUCCGAUAAAUUUUAUCUUGGUGGGUACGAUACCUUUCCUGGUUUCGCCAAGAACGCAGUUGAUACCAAUGGAGGUACACAGUUCUACAAAUUACAAGCUACAACAUACACUAAACUCCCACAUUGGUUGCAUCCUGUUCCAGCUUCGUUCGAUGCCAAUCCAUUAAGAUUGUAUGCUACUGGGUUAGUUGGUAAUGUCACUGACCUGAACAUACUUGAUGAUGAGCGUGGAGCUGUGAGUGCUGGUGUUGGAUUAAGGUAUUUUAAUAAUUGGGCAAGAUUCGAUAUGGGAUAUUAUGUAAGUCUGAGAGUAGGAUCUGAUUUAGGUGGUGUCAAGGACGGGUUAAAGUUUAGUUUGUCUAUUGGUGGAUUAAGUACGUGAAUUUUAGUCAUUGGCGUGGCCCUAACUUAGAAGGGGGAGGAGGAGGGGGGGCGUGUAUCAUAUAAUUUUAUUGUGUAAUAAAAUAGAUUCUGAUUAUUUAAUUUAGCUAAUGC